CGUGCCGACCAACGGGCGCGCCGGGAUGUGGGGGGAUAAAGCGCGGCCCCGCGCACAGUUGCGGCGGGAGAGCGGCGGGGCCGAGAGCGUGACUCGCCCGCUCCGCGCCGCCUGCCCGCGCCUCCCGCGCAGCCAUGUCCGAGGAGAAGCCCAAGGAGGGCGUGAAGACAGAGAAUGACCACAUCAACCUGAAGGUGGCCGGGCAGGACGGCUCUGUGGUGCAGUUCAAGAUCAAGAGGCACACACCGCUGAGCAAGCUGAUGAAGGCCUACUGCGAGAGGCAGGCACAGCUGGAGAUGGAGGAGGAGGACACCAUCGACGUGUUCCAGCAGCAGACAGGAGGUGCGCCGGAGAGCAGCCUGGCAGGGCACAGUUUCUAGAGGGCCUGUCCCCAGCCCGGGCCAUCCGUCCUCGCAUUACUGUUGAAUGGUGAGCACGUGACCAUGCCGACCACAAAGGCGUCUGCGGAAACUCGAGGACGUUUACCACAAUGAUUUUCCUCUCUUUGAUGUACUUCAAGUGCAACUCAAAACUAUAUCUGCAGGGAUGGAUCUGUAACUUAAAUUGGGCCAAUCAGAAUUGUUAUCUUUGUUCAGGUAAAAUGAGUUGCAAGAUAUUUUGGGUUUUUUUGUGUGUUCAUUUGUGUUCCCCGCCCCCCAAAACAUUUUUUUAACCCCAAAAUUAUAGCCUGAAUGUUCAUUUUUAGUCCGGCCAGGGAUCUGACUCCUGAGUUGGUUGCCUCUCCCCUGCUCACUCCAGUCACAUAGAGAAUUGGUGUUUCCCGUAGUGGGGAUGCAGCUGUUGGACAGGUAUUGGGGGCAAGGUGGGUAGGGAGGACAGACUGUCACUUGCUGUUACAGGCACAGGUGAUUAAAAUGCUAAAUAUUGCAAAUUUAAGCUUUGUCAGUAUAUGGAAAAGUUGAAGGGAAAAUACUGGAAUGCUUCUUCAAAGGUUAAAAAAUAACCGAGUCUUUUGGUAGUUUGACCCCACAUGCUCUCUGGCCCUCAAGCAUGUAACCUCGGGGUCUGAGGCCCAGGACCCACCCCCUGCCACCCCUCCCACCCCACUCCCUGCUCAGUGCCUGGCGUUGGUACACAGGCAAGGGUUGGCACAACCAAAAUUGGCUUUUUUCUUCCUCUUAAUAUUGAAGAAAUUCCCACAUUUCUCAUUUGGUAAUGGUGUUGUGGCCUCAGAUUUCUUCUAGUAUUUGCUUCUGAUGAAUAACUAUGGUCUAUACAUUAAAAAGUAAGAUUAAGUAUUGCUGAAUUUGCAGUUACGUUGUCGUGUAUAAGAGCUACUUCCAAGUGUGGUUACAAAUGAACCCAUGGAAUGAUGACUUCAUGUUCUUCUCGUGGGUUUGUGCCGUGCUGCUUUCCAAAUAUGUAUUGAAUUUAUGCAUUAGUCUGGUGAUUUCAGUUCUGUGAAAUAUUUUGGGAUCUAUACCAAUUAAACAUCUUCAUAGUUCUGCCUAUUGUCCUUCCCUGAGGCUCCAUUGCUGCUUGGUGGCCAUUCUCUGCCUUUUUGUAGUCACCUGAACAACGACCCAUCAUCUCUUGCUUGCUUGAAAUCUGGCUGAAAUGUUCUCAUUUCCUGUUUGCUCUAUGGGCUCAGGUGGGAUGUUUGUUGGCUCUGUUGUGUUUAUUCACCAAUUUGUACAUUAUUUGUUGUCCUUUACUACUGUAAACAGUAAAUAUAGUUUGGUA